AUUCCGUUCCGUCUCCGGCCAGGUCUCGCCCGUUCUUCCAAUUGCCUCCUUUUCCUCUUCUUCCUUCUGCUCUUCCUCGCCCCCCUUCUUCGUGCGUGUUUCUGGUCUUCUGUUAAUCCUCCUACGCACACUCUGCGACUCUGCGCACAGCCAGCAAACUUGCAUCAAGGUUGAUCCCGUUUUGAGAAGAGGAUUACGUCGGCUGAGCUACGUCUUUCCCAACAAGAGCGCGGUCUAGACUUGACUUUGAGCCUGUCACUUUUUGACUUUGGGUACUCGGUACCGAUUCCACUCGUUUCUUUCCCUCCUCCCCCGAUAACCUUUUCGUCUUCCCCCGAACUCUCACCUCGGGUCCAGUCCUGGGUUUAAUCCCCAGUGGUCCCCCAACCCAUUUGCGGCGUCGUGGCGCGGAGAGGCACCGUGCAACCACGGACCCUGAUCGCGGCCCGUUGUCCUCAACCGUCCCAAUUCCUCGCCACCACAUACUGAACAACUAGAAGACAGGUCACCCGUACCUCUCUGUUGACACUUCAAUUCCAUUUGAAGGCCCGUUGCAACGAUAUCUCUGGACAUAGUCGACGACUCGCGACCCGGCGUAUCACGAUGCGACAGGUGCUCAAGGCUGGCUUGGGGUGCUUCGUCUCCCUGUUGCUCGCCGCACCAGCCGAUGCCUUCUACAUUCCAGGCUGGUCGAUCAAGAGUUACAAGGACAGCGAGCAGAUCCCCUUGCUGGUCAACAAGGUCUACUCCGACAACACCCAGCUGCAAUAUGCCUACUACGACCUCCCCUUUGUGUGCCCGCCGACGGGCCAGCGGAGACCUGGCACCGGAUUGCUUAGCGGACAGAGCAUCCCUCUGAACCUCGGCGAGGUCCUCCGCGGCGACAGGAUAAAGACGUCCGACAUCGACCUGGUUGUCGGUCAGGACAAGCCGUGCAACUUGCUGUGCAACCGGGAGAUUGGUAGGAAAGAAAUUCGCAGGGCCAAAGAGAUGGUGCAGGAUGGCUACGUGACCGAGUGGAUCGUCGACAACCUUCCCGGUGCGACGAGCUUCGUCACCGUUGACAAAAGCCGCAAGUACUACGCCGCCGGCUUCAAGCUGGGGUUUACCGACUACGCGGCGAGCGGCGGAAAGCCGCGCUACUUCAUCAACAACCACCACACCAUUGUCAUCCGCUGGCGCAAAGCGCCCGGUAAGGCCGGCGAACGCGGCGGCAAGGUCGUCGUGGGGUUCGAGGUUUACCCCAAAAGUAUUGGCCCCAACAAUAAGCGCGACGAGAAGGGCUGCCCCGCCGACCUGCAGAACAUUGACCAGAACCUUGAACUCUACCUCGCCCCGAACAAGUCGUCCGACGCGUCCAAGCACAACACCGACUCCUCCUACCACCCGACAGAUGAAGAAGACGUUGACGACGACGCCAAGCUCACCAUCCCCUACACUUACUCUGUCUACUUCCGCGAGGAUAACAACAUUGAAUGGUCGCGACGAUGGGAUUUGUACUUUGUGAACCAAGAGGAGGGUCAGAAGAUCCACUGGCUGGCCAUCGUCAACUCGCUCAUUAUCUGUGGUCUUCUCACCGGCAUCGUCUUGAUGAUCCUGGCGAGGACGAUCCGCUCGGACAUCAAGGGGUACAAGGAGGUUCCCCUCGAGGACGGCAAGCCGAAGCUGAAGCGCAAGAAGACUGGUAACAGGUCUCCCAGGCUGUCGGAAAAGUCGGGUGGGCUGCUCGACCAGGGGAACGAUUUCGAGAACGACGGGGACGUGUCUUCGGACGACGAGGCCCUGGAGGACGUUACGGGCUGGAAGCUGCUGCAUGCCGAUGUCUUCAGGACGCCUCAGCACGGAUACCUCUUGGCGCCCCUCGUGGGGUCGGGAAUGCAGCUCCUCUUCAUGGCCGUGGGACUCGUUCUGCUGAGUGCGUUGGGCAUUCUCAACCCUAGUUUCCGCGGCGGGUUCAUCAGCGUGGGCGUUGGCCUGUUCGUCUUUGCCGGCCUCUUCUCCGGGUACUUCUCGGCGCGGGUGUACAAGACAUUUGACGGGCAGGACUUCCGGAAGAACGCGCUCGUUACGGCUGUCCUGUUUCCGGGUCUCCUCUUUGGCAUCGUCUUCAUCCUCAACCUCUUCGUGUGGGCGCAGGCCUCGAGUACCGCCAUCCCGUUCGGAACCGUCGUGGCCAUUGUCUUCCUUUGGCUCUGCAUCCAGGUUCCUCUGGUCUACGCCGGGUCCUGGUUUGGAUUCGUCCGCGGUGGGAACUGGGAGCACCCGACCAAGACUAGCUCCAUCCCUCGCCAGGUGCCGCAGCAGGCGUGGUAUAUCAAAUCGUGGCAGUCGGUCCUCCUCGCCGGACUCAUCCCAUUCGCCGUCAUCUUUAUCGAGCUGUUGUUCGUGUUCCAGUCGGUGUGGCAGGACAAGAGCGGGUACUACUACGUGUUCGGGUUCCUGGCCGUCGUGUCGGUGAUACUUAUCCUGACAAUCGCCGAGGUGACGGUGGUGACGAUCUACAUCCAGUUAUGCUCGGAGAACUACAACUGGUGGUGGCAGUCAUUUAUGGUCGGCGGCGGCAGCGCCUUCUGGGUGUUUUUGUACUGCGUAUGGUACUAUUUCUUCAAGCUGCACAUCACGGGGUUCGUAAGCAGCAUGCUCUUUUUCAGCUACAGCUUCAUGGCAUGCUGCGUCUACGGCCUCCUGACUGGCACCAUCGGGUUCCUGAGCGCGUACGCAUUCGUCAGGAGAAUUUACGGUGCUAUCAAGGCUGACUGAGCCGCAGCGGUGGCAUCAGGCGUGUUUGGACAUUGGAUGUGCCCUAAUGUUGGUCUUGGCACGAAAUGGAUGAUGGGGCGCUUUUUGAAAAUGCAUUGCCUAGGGCGUCAAAACGUUUGGGAAAGUUCAACGGAUGGGCGGGCGUUUACUGGAAGUGAAGGUGCUCGCUGACUUCAGAGCUGGUCGAGAAGGUGACUAUUAAGCAAUGUACAUAUGAUAAACAGGAACACUGCGGGUAAGUUGUGUAGGGUGGUUUGUGUGUGUAUAUGUAUGUGUGUGUGUGUGUGUGUGUGUGGACGAAUCUGAAUAGUUGCGAGUAUACAAUC